UACGCUUCAUCUCUAUCAUAAUUGAUAGGGGGUUAACCGAUCGACUACAUAUCAUGCUAUAAUGUGGUUAAAUUUAGAAUGGAGAUUCCCAACUUUUUCUGCGUUUCAACUUUCGUUUUAGCUUUAUGGAGAAAAUUGAGAUCGCUGAACGGUGACUUUGUAGCAAAAUGGCUGAUCAACAGAAUCGAAAGCUACAGGAACGAGAGUAUCGGUUUUAUAAAGAAAUCCAGGUGAAAUUCCGUGAGGUUGUGGAUCCACUUACACUCUCGGACUAUCUGGUAGCAAGCUGUCUCACUGAAGAUGACGUGGACAGAAUCAAAGCAAAGUAUCAAAACGAUGGAAGGUCAAAAGCCGCUGGUGAAUUGUUAGACAGACUACGAAGGCGACCAAAUUGGGUGUAUAACUUAUUGUUGGCUUGUAAUCACCCAGAGUUAGGCUUAGACCAUCUAUGUAAUUACAUCAAGGAUAAAAUGACUCAACUAGAGAUACGAAUUACGAUCCGGUGCAAUGAUGGACACAAUUGUGCAGGGAUUUCAGACUCUAUAAAUGAUGCAUCUGAAGAGGUUUUGACUCAACAAGGAGGGGGUACACGAUCAGACAUAGAGAAGAUUCUUGCUGAUUUCAAAUCUAGAGUUGAUCCCGAGGAUUUUGUUCAAUAUCUCACAAGACUGAAAGAGGAAGAUGAGGAGGCCGUUAAAUGUAAACAACAACAGAGUGGCCGACUCGCCGCUGCAGAAGAACUAGUGUUUCUUUUUCGAAAAAAUUACACACAUUGGAAGCAUGACCUACAGGAAGCUUUAAAAUGCGAAAGAAGUGGUCUACAAGACCUUGGAGAAAAACUUUCUAAAAUAGAAUUUAAUGAGUGGGAUUUACAAACAAGCAUACCUAGCAUGGCGUCAAACUCGGACAUUUCUACAGAAGACUUUACCAAAAAGCGAAAAGAACGCGUGUUAGAAUUAGUACGCAAACAGGUUUUACAUGCAAAGUCUUUAGAUGAAAUUCGAAAGGUGCUACAAUUGGCUGAAGAUAUCAAUGCUUCUUUUGAAAAGCUUGAAAAAGGCUCCUUGAUUCUCAUAUUAUCUGUGAAUUCUAUUGAUACACUGGAAGCUAUACAGCGGCUCUACCUUGGAGGGGUUUUGAUAGAAGCCAUUAGAAAAGACCUGUUGUCUGAAAAGCGCAGGCAUCACAUUUUGCAAGUUGCUCAAAAGAAUGGAGCAAAGGAUGGAGACAUUGAUGAUAGCUUCUUUGACAGUCUGGACUUUGAUGUAGAAAUCUGUCCAGCUGAUUUCCAAUUCUGUUAUCUCAAUCUCAAAGCUAUCAGAGAUUUAUCAAUUCCUGCAUCACCUUUCGAGAGUAUUACUGCUUUUGAGUCUAGAUGGAGAGGACGGGGAAUACAGAGAUCAUACGACAAAAGCAUAUCGGACGACGAGACAAUCUACGACAAGAUCGACUUCCCUCUACCAGCAAUCAUCAGUAGGCUACUAGAAGAUCCCUUUUUGCAGAGUCGUUAUCUGAAAAUUGCGGCUAUGUUUAUUGGUCCAUUAGAUAAAUGUUGCCAUUUGUUUGUGGACUGGUUAUUUGAGGAAAUUAAAAAAUUUGAAAAAAAUUACAAAUAUGGAAAGGAGCUAUGGACUAUAGGUUCAUGGCUAGGAUCUACAUUUCAGUUUUCUUCUGUUGAAAUACAAGACAGAAUUCUGUUUGAAACUAAAGCUUUGAAUGGGAAAAUUCAAUUUCAUAUUGCCUCUGCAAAUACUGGUGGUUCUCCUGAGUUGAAUGUUGAGGCUUGGGAAGAAAUUGUCAGAGAUGGAAUCAUUGAAUUUUCUGAAACACAUCAAAAGUACAGGUUUCAAAGCCCAGCGCUGGAGCAGUAUUUCAUAUUUAAGAGCAAUGACUCUUCAGCUAUCAACAUUUUUGGGUUUCUUCCUGUGUUUCAGUUGGCAAAGAAUCCACAUGGUCUUACCAAACCUCUUACUGAAUUUGAUGGCGAUUCAAAAGUAAAGAUGGAAUACCUUUAUUUGCACUAUCUUGUGAUGAAACAUAAAGAUUCAAAUAAUCGCUUAGCUGCCUUAAAAAGCCUUAUCCCAGCAGAGAGAAUAUACGUGGUAGACCUACAAGAAGAACCUAUCGAACCCCAAAUUGAUGUUUUGAGGGUUCUUAUUGAGGAACAAAUGAUUGAUGCUUUUGUAAUUGUUAAAGGUCCUGACGACAAAGAACGUUGGGAUCUUUCAUCUCAAGCAAUCAAAAAAUCAUUGCUUGUUCAGGACAUAAGAAGCCUAAUUAGUCUGGCCAGAGUUCUAUCUUGGAUCGGGGCGAUGCAGAUUGAUGUUGAUGCAAAACCGGAUCGGUUGGCAAAUAUUUGUGUUACGAUACUAAGAAAAAGUUCGUUCACUUAUCCAGGGCAUUUAUGCCUCAAAUAUUCUGGAGCUAGUUUGAAGCCCUCAAGGGAUGUUGAAGAUUUAUGUACCGGGCUCCAACUGAUUCCAAACGUUUGUCAGCUUGAUUUGUCUGGGACAUCCGAUAUUGAACCUGAGGCUUAUCGACAAGUUAUUAAAGCCUGCAGGUUUAGCAAACUUUCUUCUCUAGUGCUGAACAAUACCAUCUUGAUGAACAAAGAAGAUCCUCAGCCUAUCGGUUUGCAAUAUUUGCCUCAUUUGAAGCACUUAGAAAUUGAAGGGUGCAACCUCGGAGAUGCAGGUAUUCAUGCAAUGUCUCUUGAUUUCAAAGAAGCUGGCCAACUUACAGAGUUAAGUGUUGCACGCAAUAAGAUAACUAGUUCUGGAAUCUUGGAACUGUCAGGUCUUUUGAUGGAAAAACAAAAUCUUCGCAUAAUAAGAGUUCAUGAAAAUGAUGUAGGUUAUGAAGGGGCUGUCUCGUUAGCGAUUCUCUUUAGAAAUCUUCCAUUCCUAGAGGUUGUCAAUUUAUGCGAUUGUAAAAGAAUAACAGACAAAGGGUUUGAGUUGAUCAUUGAAUCGCUGAAAGGCAAAAAUUUAAAGAAAAUGAAUGUCAGGAAUUGUGGGUUCUCCCAAAGGAUUUCAGAAAAAUACUUCAAACUCUUGAAGAACAUGCGCCAUUUCCAACACCUUGAUUACGGGUGCAAUACUAUCGGUUCAUCAAGAGUUGGACCAGGACCGAGCAUAAAUAUAUCUGAAGUCUUUCUUGAAAUGAUGAGUUGCAAUAAGUACUCGUGGAAUCUUUUGAAUUUAUGGAAGUGUAACAUUGGCUUUACGACUGUAUUUGAAUCUGCCCACCAACUAGGACAUUUGUCAACCUUGACAGAUCUUUGCCUGCAAGAAAAUCAACUUAAUGACAGGGAUGGAGUUUGCAUUGGCGAGUACAUGGUGACGUCAUGGCAUAGCCUUCGCAGUCUAAACCUUCGUCAGAACAAUAUCGGAGAUACUGGAGCGGCUAAAAUUUUUGAAGGCAUACGUGAAAACCUAAAACUGAAAACAGUUUUCUUGGACAGGAACCAGAUAGAAGAUGGUGAUCUGAUACAAAAAAUGGUGGAGUACUUUGUUGAUCAGGGAAAUAUGGAGGAGAUGGACGUAUCAUACAACGAGGUCCCUGAAUAUUUAAACACAGAAACCGAAACUAGAAAGUUUUUGAGAGGCAGGGCUGCAAACAUACAACCAUGUAAUGGCUAUACAGAGAUAUCCAUUAAUAACCGAUUCAUGAGACUGUAAACAGCUAUAAAGAGAGGUUUACAUCCAUUAUGCAUAACUGAAGAGACUUGAAAUCCCGUUGCCGGAAUUGUUACAACUCAAUCUAAUGUGAAAACUUAACACAUGCUUUAUGUACACUUCAUUCUUAUUUAAAGCUGCUUGGUCCGAUUUUAUAUCAAAUUUUAUGCAUGCUUUUAAACGAUGGCUAUGCUUAGUAUAUGAAUUAUAAUAGACAUUGCAGUAGUUUUAUCCAUUAAUUAUGCCAAAUUUCAAUGAAGAAAAAUACGUACAAAAUUUGCUAACAAAACAAACAACAAUAAAGGUACCGCGUUAUUUCGCCUCAUGUUAAAUUGCACCCCCUGACGACGAGACGGGUAUGGUUGUAUUACGACUUUGACAUCGCUUUAAAUAAAGGUCGAAAUGAUCAGACAAAUUACAAAUAAACAUGUGUACGUUUUUUUCGCUAUAAUAUUUCCAAAGUCUGCUUUCUUUACAAUCAAUGCAUUGCAUGCAGGUUGAAUAACCACAAUCAUUCAGGGAACGAAACCAAGCGGUUUCCUUUUCUAAACAUUCCCGUGAUGCAAUUUGUUUUGUUUUUUGUUUGCCCAAAGAGAAAUUAUUUUUAUUUACUGUGAAUAUUUCUAACUUUGAAAGGAGACUGAUUCUGCUGGUGUAAAUAGGAGAAAGUCCAUAACUUUCUAAGAUAAAUGAUUUGUAUGGAAAAAGUGUUGAUACUGUAAUUACAAAAAAAUCGGACCAAGCAUCUUUAAUGCGUAUUCGUUAUAUUCUUAACCCCAUAGAUUUUUUAUAUGAUGUGUAAUGUAUACUACUUGUUCUGACGUUUAAAUCUUAUUUGAUAUUGCAUCGUUUAUAGAAUACUGGUUCUCUGUACAAUCUGUAUAUCAUUAAUUCGUUAGUAUUUUGAUUAAAUAAUUUCAAAGUAUAGAUCAAUGCAUGUAUCAACUGAUUAAUCUGACAUUGAUGUAUAGAUGUUAAAUGUACGUCUUGAAGCUUAUUUUCCUAGCUACUACAACAAUUUUAAAAACCGACACUAUUUUAUGUUUUCUAUACAAUGUACUCUAAAAAAAAUUCAUGAUUCAUGAUUUGGUUGUGUUGAUUGAGCACUCUCCUUUUCCAUAAACAAUAAAUAUUUUACAUUCCAUUUAUACAAAUUUCUAUUCUUGUUAUUUUCUCCACUCUAAUCAUUUGUUACAACAGAAGAUGUAAAAAAAAAAGUGAACUGCUUUAAACAAAGCAAACAUUUUUAAACAUAUAUAUCUGAAUUAUAAUAUUCAUGGGAAUCUGAUGUUGAAAGUUGAUGCUAAUAUAGAUAAAAUGAACAUGUAUCAUCUUUAUGAUAUAAUAUUGUCGGUUUUAAACUUGUGAAUAGUGUUUACAGUCCUAUACAAUCAAUUUACAAAAAUUCUAUAUAUACAUCAUGUUUGUUGCUUAAUAUAAUGGUCAAGAAUUGUAGCAAAUUCGAUGUCAUAAAGUUUAUUUUCGAGGUGUCAUUAAAACAUUAAGAUUA